ACAGUUGUUUGGCUAACCAGGAAGUCCACUAGCUGUGUCAAUGUGAAACAAGAAAUCAUACAGCAGUUCAAUGAAUCUAGUUUAGCCUCCUAUUUAACAUUAUAUUGUGUUGUACAUUUAAGAAUCAUGGCGUGUUUCUUUAGGAGAAGUAUUGCGGAAAAGCUUGGGAGGACACUGCAGCAGUCUGAGGAUGCCUUCAUGCCAGCUCUGUCAGCAGUUCCAGUUUUUAAGAAACAGCAGUCUGCUGACUUUAAACUAUCCAUCAGUAUAUUGCGAAACAGCGGGGUUCUACCAGCCAGUGGUGACAUUCAGCAGCAGACAGUAAGCUUGGCUGAUCAGUUGACGCAGGACAGUGUCGUGGAGGACAUUUCUGCUGGACCUGGAGUGAUCAACUUCAAAAUGAACCGCACACUUCUUGUCCAGAAAAUGUUGGAGCCGUUUGGAAAGAAUGGGGAAGAGAAAUUUGGUUUGAACAGUGAACUUUUCAAACCUCUAAAGAGAGGAACAUCAUUAGUAGAAUAUAGCUCUCCAAAUAUUGCUAAGAAAUUCCACGCUGGACAUCUCCGAUCUACUAUUAUUGGUAAUUUCAUCGCCAACUUAAAGCAGUCUCUUGGACACAAUGUGAUUCGAAUGAACUACCUCGGAGACUGGGGUAUGCAGUUUGGUUUGCUGGGAGCUGGGUUCGGUCAGUUCGGAUGCAAGGAGAAACUGAAACAGAAUCCCUUACAGCAUUUAUUUGAGGUCUAUGUUCAAGUAAACAAGGAAGCAGAGCACAAUGAGGACAUGAAGCAGGCGGCUAGAGACUUCUUUAGACAGCUGGAGCAGCACGAGAGCGAGGCUGUGUCUUUGUGGCAACAGUUCAGAGAGAUCACAGUGGACGAGUAUCAACAUGUUUACAAGCGGUUAGGAGUCCACUUUGAUGUUUACUCCGGGGAGUCUUUUCACCAGGAUCAGGCACAGACGGUGGUGCAGCAGCUGCAGAGUACAGGCCUGCUGAAAAUCUCUGAGAGAGGAACAGGAGUGGUAGAUCUCUCACCUGCUGGAGACAUGAGCAGCGUCUGCACGGUGCUCCGCAGCGACGGCACGACUCUCUACAUCACCAGAGAUCUUGCUGCAGCGAUCGACCGAAAAGAGAAGUACCAUUUUGAUGAGAUGAUUUAUGUGACGGAUAAAAGUCAAGCAAAUCACUUCCAGCAGCUGUUUCAGAUCCUGCCCGCUCUGGGACAUUCGUGGGCCGACAGGUGUCAGCAUGUGCCCUUCGGCCUGGUGCGUGGAAUGAAGACCCGAAGCGGUGAGGUGGUGUUCCUGGAGGACGUGCUGGAUGAAGCUCGAGCCAGAAUGCUUCACAACAUGAGAAAGUCAAAAACAACAAAAGAACUGGAAAACCCUGACGACAUAGCAGAGAAGGUGGGAAUCAGUGCACUUAUAGUCCAGGACUUCAAAGGUCCUCUGCUGUCAGACUACACGUUUGACUGGGAGCGGAUGCUGCAGGCUCAGGGUGACACAGGAGUCUUCCUCCAGUACUCACACGCUCGACUCUGCAGUUUAAUACAGAAGAAUGAAGGAGCACAGGCAGCUGUAUUUGACCCAUCUCUUCUCCUCGAGCAAACAGCUGUAAACAUCUUGCAGCACCUCCUUCGUUAUGAUGAAGUGUUGUGGCAGUCGGCUCAGGAUCUGCAGCCAAAACAUCUGGUCAACUUUUUAUUGAAGCUGAGCCACUUGAUCGCUUCAGCACACAGAGAUCUGCCGGUGAAAGGAAGCUCUCAGGACGUUGCACAGGCCAGGUUACGUCUGUUCAGCGCUUCCUGCUCAGUCCUGGCCAAUGGAAUGAGGAUCCUGGGAAUGUCACCGGUUGAUAAAAUGUGAAACUCAAAACAGUGAAUUAUCACCUCACCAGUUUUAUGUGACUGCUGUAGUUAAUUUUUACUGUAAAUAAAAGUUUUAUUUUUAAAAUAAAUUGAUCUGCCAUGAA